AGAGCGGCAGGAAGCACGGACCAGAGAGAGAGAGGUAGGAGGGAAGCACCGGUGGAGGAGGCAUUAUAUACUGGCUGGAUCCUCAUUUGGCUGGAGUUUCUCGGCUGAACGCGGCGAGUCUCUCUGUCUAGCAACGCUCGUCGCCGGCGUAGGAAGUAUCGCGACACCUCGUCGAUCUCGUAGCACCGACGUUUCUGGAGCUGAGAUAUUAGGCGGUUCGCGGUUUCGUUCGCGGGAACCAGCAAGAGGAAGCUUCGCCGGAGGACCAGACUCCGACCGAGGACCGCGCCGCCAGUCGGGGCUGAUCAUUUUUGUUCGCCGUUUUCUGUGUUUUCGUCGGGCGGAGACGCCGCGGGAGAGAAGAGGAAGGGUGUACUACUCUGUGAACCUGCGAGGGAGAGAAUCGAGGGAAUGGCCACCUACGCGACCUACAGGCACGUCGAGCUCGACAAUGUCGGAUACGGGAAGAAAAGGGUGUUAAAACCCCCUGGUGGCGGAAGCAGCGACAUUUUCGGUGCCGCGCCGGAAGAGACGAGCCCUCGCCGCGUGAAGAACCACAACCAGUCGCAGCUCGGCAGCGCGUUGUUCGGCGACGGUCCGAACGCGAACAGCAGCAACGAUACACCGCGCAACAAGCCCGGUAAUGAUUCAUACAAACGCCUGUUUGGCCCUCCCGAUGCCCCACCCACCACCCCAAACGCGAAAAAUCACAUGCGCAGCAAUAUCUCCCUCAGCGGGGAUUCGUCGUCCUCGUCAGCGUCGUCGGGCGCCGCGACUUCGCCCGCGAAGAGCACCGGCAGCUCGGACUCGAUCGCGGGCGUGCUCAACGGAUACGCUGCCAGCAAUGGCAACAACCUGACCAACGAUAUCACAGCUUUCAGGAGAAUCAAACGAUUUCGUGGAUCGACUUGCAUAACGCGCAACCCGGUCACCGGCGACGGAAUUGACGUGACGCCGAUCAGGCGCAGCGCACGAAGGUGUCGAGAUGGUAAUCCGGUGACUGGGACUGGCUACGCGGAGCCGCAGAGCAACGGGCCAGCCGUGCAAAACGGGACGUCCAGCUCGAGCUCGAGCGUCGGCGAGAAAUCGAACGACUCGUCGCCGGCGGCGAAGGGUCCGGCUCGCACACGCGUCCCGCCCGGCGGCUACUCAUCCGGCCUCUGGUAAAAUCGCUCUGCAACCGGGAGAUUGACGAGUCCGUCUGUCGCUGCGUCCACCCUUCCAGUGUCCCUGACAUUUCAGCGAAACGGGGAACGACGGACACGCUUGCCCGGCGGGAACCUCGGUUCCGUUUAGCAGCCCUCGAUCGGAACAUCGGAGCAUCGCUCGCGUCGACUCGAUCGAGCCUCGAGCCACCCCUUUGCGCCCUGAAUCGUCCUUGCUGCUCUUUAUCGCUGGUCGGACAUCGCAUUUAGGGUAUCCUCUAUAUGGGCUGCCAGUGUUCGAGCCUCGAACCUUUCGAUAUCGCUUAAAUGAUGAUCCACGGUUGAUUUAGAAUGGCUUUAUUACAUUUCUCUAAGAAUGUAACGAACUCUGCGGAAGACGCAGAGGGCACCAUGGAAUCUAGAACACCGAGCGUAUCGGCUUCGCAGCGGACCUUCGAUGAAAGAUACCUCGAAGUGGCUUCAGGGCGCAAAGGGCUGACGCGCGAUCCCUCGGAGGCGGAACCUUUGAACCCUCCGGCUGCGACAACGCCUUUGGACGUCCGACGAGAGUCCGUCGACGCCUAAAGGCGAUCGUCGCUGAACGUGACAACUGCGGAGGGAGUAGUCGGAGGGUUGGAAGAAGUAUCCUUGUUUCUACUUUUGUUCGAGCUUUUUUCUCUUAGUGUCCAACACCCUUGAACUUAAUGGUAACGAGAGUUUUUUUUGUUUCUUUGAAAGAAAGGAGCAGCAGUCAAAUUGAUCGCUGCGCUUUAGUUUAGAGUCUAGAGUUUCAAUUCUAUUGUUUCGCACGGACACUCUCUUCGGGGGUGAGUUCGACGGUUUGAAAGGAGAGGUGACGAAAGAUGCUUCGUCGAGGGGAGGAUCGUUGAGGAAUUAUCUGCUAAUGGGGAGUGAAGAUCGGUCGAUAGAGUAGAAGGGUAGAAUCCUCGGGACGGGAGUAUCGGGAAAACGGUACGCUCGAGUCGCAGCGACACUGGAAGGGCAGACGAGCGAACAGACGCGAUCCAAAAAGGGAAGGAAGAAGGGAAGGAAAUGAAACGGAAAGAGACAAGAGACAAGGAAGAAGGAAAGGAGAAUUGUCCAACCCCUCGGCGGUCGACUGCCCCAGGUGACAAUCGCGCGAGGCGGAAUGCGGCGGGUAGUCGUCGUUCAGCUCGAAAGAUCAUUCCCCCCGGAAAGCGAUCUUUGUUUCCCGCAGUUCUUUUUCGUUUUCUGUUUGUUUUUUCUGCGAACGCGUAAUCUUCGAAUCACGACGCGCGACAGGAUACGACACACUCUCGCAUCGUUGCAUUGAAUAGGGAAAGCAGAGGCGCGCGUGACGCGUACAGCGAUCGAAACCAACGAUGAGGAUUUGUUUCGCGGGAGUUUGUUCGACGGCCGGCGUCACCGACGAGCGAACCGCCGUUCUCCAGCCGUACCAAAUCGAGAGAACUUGGAACCGGGCACUGCUACUUCAACAAUCACGCGACCGAUCCCCGGGAGCAGCCCGUUCGUCGAACGCGUCACCGGAUCUCGGGGAACGUUCGCCGUUCGGCGUCGCAGUACUACCUUGAAAUUCCGUUUAUCCGUAGCUCACUGGGUACGCACACUUAACUCUUUACACUGUUCUCAUUGAUUCGCUCGAGAACGAUCCGGAACGAGCCUCCGAACGGCGUCGCUUCCCCGUUCGUUCGUGUCUGCGAGGAAAAUCGAAGUUCGGGCGGAAGGUUUCGCGGAGAAUCGAUCGCGGGCUGCGUCCCCGGGGUGAACGGUGUAUUUUUGACAAAUUUUUCACGGAGCAAACGUAACACCGGGUCCGAACACGGAGUUACUCGACGGUAGACCCGAUGAAGAUCGGAACGGCCGCGUCUUUGAUCGUUGUCUCGGCGAGGAAACAGGAA